AUGUGUACAGUCUACACAUUUCUACACCAUGUGAUUACCAUGUUUCACUUUUCCGAUGAGGUGGAGGUCGACGAGGAAGGAGUCAGUGGCAAAGGCUGUGCAGCAGCCAAAUCUGGGACUGCAGCACCCUUAGGUGUGGAAUCCAAAGGCACAGUGGGCGAGACCAAGAGCAUGAGUUCAAGGUUCUUCGAUUGCCAAGGUGCCUUGCCAGUCCAGAAACGAGUGACAUCAACGAUGCAGUGUGGGCACUGCUCUGCUCCGGAUAAUGGGGUUGAGAACUUUGAGACCGAACUCAGCUUUCCAAGCUCUGACAAGGGUGUUGGCACCACUGUGGCGCAGAGGAACGUGCAGACUGCAAAGUCGGUCAUUUGCGAAGUCUACAGAGACUUGGAACGACGGUGUCACGAGGAGCGACGACAAUACGAAGAAUCUGGCACACAGCCAUCGCAACAAAAACUCAACUUUUGGUCCACGUACACAAAUAAGGCCCGUCUGCAGCACUUCACUAGCGAGUCUGUGGCAUUUGUGCAGAAGAACCCUGAGUGCAGGACUGCACUGCUCACUGGGAAGCAGCUGCGAUUCCUGGUUCUCUUGCAGCACUUGGUCUCGGAGGACAGCCUGGACGUGACUCGUCCAGAACGACUGCGCAAGCAUCAGGACGUGUUCGAAGGCGUUUUGACGGAUAGCAUCAGCUCUCAGUUGGUGGAGGAUGCCCAUCGCUGUGAAUUUUCAAUUGAAGGCCGAUCCUUCAGUUUGCAGGACGUGCUCCAACUGGAAGGGCAGCAGGAAGAAAGGAAAAAACGUAUUGCGCAGUUCCAAAGUGAGCUGGUGCACGCGUUGGAGACCUACCUCCUUAGUUUUUGUGCCCGGAAAGGGCUCUCGCCUGGGGGCAGCAAGCGGCUCAUGCAGGCUGUCACCACCCAGAUGUCUCAGGCGGGUUUGGCCAACAUUGACAGAGGUUCUGAAGCCUCCAGGUACUUUGUUGGGUCCCAAGGGCUGGACCAGCGGAUCGCUUACAAUUUGUCAACGAUGUAUGUUCAUGAUCAAGAAGCACUGAAGCUAUCUAUUGUUUGCAUGAGAACGGGUUUCACCCAGUACCUGGACAAAGACGAGCUUUUGCAUUUGGCAGGUGUUCAGUACCCAAGGCGUUGCAAGCCGGAUUCGUAUUUGUACCAGUAUGCAACUCUUUGCUUCACGAUUGGCCUGAUUCCAAGUUGGUUCCAAGCGAAACCAUGCAGUAUUUGGACGCGUCAACCCAUGGGACGCAUUGGAUGA